AGAAUAAAUAAUUUUAACCAAAAUGGACGCCAUUAAGGAAGAAUUUUAUAAAACUCGAAAUGAGUUCAGAAUUUUUAAAAAGAGACCGUUGGAAUCUAUUGAAUAUAUCCUCUCAAUAUCUUCCAUGAUCUUUGUGGCACUCAUGUUCUGGAAAAUCGCUAUUCUUCUCACGGGAACGGAUUCCCCUGUGGUUGUAGUCUUGAGUGGAAGUAUGGAACCAGCGUUUUACAGAGGAGAUAUAUUAUUUUUAAUGAAAAAGAAUGAGAUAAACUCGGGAGAUAUCGUAGUUUUUAAACUUGAGGACAGGGAGAUACCGAUUGUCCACAGGGCUAUCACUUUACACCAGGAUAAGGAUAACUUAUACGUACUUACAAAGGGUGAUAAUAAUAGAGUCAAUGACAGAGGCCUUUAUCCCCGUAAUAAGAACUGGCUAAAUGACAAAGAUCUAAUUGGAACAAUUCUUCUAAAAGUUCCAAAGGUUGGAAUUCUCAGCAUUUAUCUCAAUGAAGUUCCUGGCGUAAAACACGCAGUCGUUUGUAUAGUCGUUCUUCUAAUGCUUUCCGGCAAAGGUUAAUAUUACUCCACACAUACACAA